CAUUAGCCCAGGGUCCUAAAUAACUUGAUCCAAAAUGGCGUCUUCCAGCAGAACGCAGGUGCUUUCGUUGUACCGAAUGCUUAUACGAGAGUGCAAGAAAUUCCCUUCAUAUAAUUACCGGACGUAUGCUCUGCGCCGAGUGCAGGAUGGUUUCAGAGAGAACCGGAACGUGGAUAACCCCAAACUGCUGGACCGUCUCCUGAGCCAGGCCCGGGAGGACCUAGCAGUUAUUAAGAGACAGGUCUCCAUUGGUCAUCUUUACUCUGCCCAGAAGACCAUCGUGGAGGAGUAAAGACAGAGGUGCGCUGACUGAGGGGGUCAAGACAAAAUGUCUGCCUACAGCCUGGGAGAGAAGAGGUUCUGUCCAGCAAGGGGGUUGAUUCCUCCGUGCCUCCUGAUUAUACCCCUAGCCUGUCCUCUAUCCUCUUCCAAUGAUUGGUGAUGUCUGUGGACCCUACUGUUCUGUGAGAGCCACACCCCUGUAACAAUGUGUGGCAUUGUACAGUAAACAUUCUUGUCUUCUGUUUUAGCAUUUAAAAUGCAUUUCUCUGUCUCCUGCAAGUCCACAAAAAUAGUACUUUUGUACUUUCUGUCAGAUGUUUCCCAAUUAAAAACCAGCAACAAGCAGCAUCUGGUGAAUCCCCUCCCCCCCUUGAAGUAAGCCUAUAGGUGGUAGCACCCACAACCCCCCUGUGGAUAUGUGACAUGGCUUCUCCCACUGGCAGUCGCUUGUUUUACAUGGACCCAAGAAAAUGGCAAAUGUUUCUGUGACAGGGAUCAUCCAAUCACGGUCCUCAGGGACCAAGAACUGCUGGGUCCCCACCCUCCUAGGUGCAAAGACAGUCAGUCUGUAGAAUUAAUUGUUCAGUUAUGGCUGGAUUUGGUUUUGAGGGCCAGAUUUAAUGCUACCUGUUCUAUAAGUUGUUUGUGAUUUUAAAUAUUACGAUAAUUGAAAUAAAUGUUCUAAAAUAUCA